AUCGUACGGUGUGCUGGCGCGGCCGCGUGCCCGUGGGGGCGGGAGCGCGUGUGGCAUGUAACAGGUCAUGUGGCAACCUCCUAGGGACACGCAAUGGGGUCUUGAGCGGGACACGCGUGUGCAGCUGGGUCUGCGUGCUGUUCAGGGGGUGGUGGACAAGAGAGAUGUGGACACCAUUGGGGUUGGGCAUGUGAGGAUCUGGAGAAGAAACCGGAGGUUCCAUACCACCUCCCCCUCGUCAGGGGCGGGUCUCAGGUUGGCGGGAGAGCCCAGCGGAGAUCUAGCAUCGUGAAGGAGGACAGUCUCCGGGGCUCAGGGCUCAGGGCCCCCGGGGAGAGGGCGGCGGGUGGGUGGGUGGGUGGGGGGAUUAGCUCUGCCUGAGCCGCGCGUAGGGGGUAGGAGGAGGGACUGAGAGGCGGGCGGGCCUGGAGCAAGCAGGAGCAAGCAGGAGCCGUGCUGCCUUCACAGCUAGGCUGGGCCCAGCCUCUCCCCUGCCUCUCCUCGGCCCCAGCUCCAGGCGAGCAGCGGCCUGUCUGAAGAGCAUGUUGCCCCCUUACUCCCCGCCUGGCCUGGCCAUCCCUGCCCCCCCAGCCUGACCCCCGGCCCCAGCAUGGCCCAGGGUGCCAUGCGCUUCUGCUCGGAAGGUGACUGUGCCAUCUCCCCACCACGAUGCCCACGCCGCUGGCUCCCCGAAGGCCCAGUGCCCCAGAGCCCCCCGGCCAGCAUGUAUGGCAGCACAGGUUCCUUGCUACGGCGGGUGGCAGGUCCAGGUCCCCGAGGCCGGGAGCUUGGACGUGUGACAGCACCUUGUACACCCCUGCGUGGCCCCCCUUCACCCCGUGUUGCUCUCUCACCCUGGGCACCCUCUUCCCCCACUGGGCAGCCCCCAGCAGGGGCCCGGAGCUCUGUGGUCAUAUUCCGCUUUGUGGAGAAGGCCAGCGUGAGGCCACUGAAUGGGCUACCUGCUCCCGGAGGCUUGAGUCGGAGCUGGGACCUGGGUGGGGUCUCUCCUCCCAGGCCCACCGCAGCCCUUGGGCCUGGCUCCAACCGCAAGUUGCGGCUGGAAGCAUCCACAUCAGACCCACUCCCAGCUGGAGGAGGCUCAGCUCUGCCUGGCAGCCAGGGCCUUUUACACGGGCCACCAGCUCAACCUCAGGGUGGAGCAGAUGGUCUUUACUCCUCUCUCCCCAAUGGGCUGGGGGGCCCCUCUGAGCACCUGGCCACAUUAUUCCGAGGACCAGCGGACACUGGACUCCUGAACCAGGGGGGCACUUGGUCCUCACCCCGGGAAGUCUCCUCUCAUGCCCAGAGAAUUGCUCGAGCCAAAUGGGAAUUCUUCUAUGGUUCUCUGGACCCCCCCAGCUCAGGUGCUAAGCCCCCAGAGCAGGCCCCCCCAUCUCCACCCGGGGUGGGCUCAGGGCAGGGCUCUGGGGUGGCUGUGGGGCGAGCAGCCAAGUACUCCGAGACGGACCUGGACACGGUGCCCCUGAGGUGCUACCGCGAGACCGACAUCGACGAGGUGCUGGCUGAGCGGGAAGAGGCUGACUCGGCCAUUGACAGUCAGCCCAGCUCUGAGGGCCCGGCUGGCACCACCCGCCCACCUGCCCCACGUCCCAGCCCAUGCCGUGGCCCCUGUCCCAGCUUGGGCAGUGGCAACGAGGAGGAGGAGGAGGCAGGCGGGGAAGAGGAUGUGGACGACGAGGUGUUUGAGGCCUCAGAGGGGGCCCGGCCAGGCACCCAAAUGCCUCACUCCGGGCCUCUCAAGUCACCCGUGCCAUUUCUACUGGGGACCAGCCCCUCGGCCGAUGGGCCCGACUCUUUCAGUUGUGUGUUUGAAGCCAUCUUGGAGUCACACCGGGCCAAGGGCACUUCCUACACCAGCCUCGCCUCCCUGGAGGCCCUGGCCUCACCUGGCCCAACCCAGAGCCCCUUCUUCACCUUUGAGCUGCCUCCCCAACCCCCUGCCCCCAGGCCUGACCCACCUGCUCCUGCCCCACUUGCCCCUCUUGAGCCGGAUUCUGGUACCAGCUCUGCUGCUGAUGGGCUUUGGACACAGAGAGGGGAAGAAGAGGAGGCAGAGGCUGGAGCCAAGCAGGCCCCAGGGAGGGAGCCCCCUAGUCCCUGCCGCUCAGAAGACAGCUUUGGGCUGGGGGCAGCACCCCUGGGCAGUGAACAACCCCUGAGCCAGCUGGUGUCUGAUUCGGACUCAGAGCUGGACAGCACAGAGCGGCUGGCCCUGGGAAGCACAGACACCCUGUCCAAUGGGCAGAAAGCAGACCUGGAGGCCGCACAGCGCCUAGCUAAGAGGCUGUACCGACUAGAUGGCUUCAGGAAGGCGGAUGUGGCCCGGCACCUGGGCAAGAACAAUGACUUCAGCAAACUUGUGGCUGGCGAGUACCUCAAGUUCUUUGUCUUCACGGGCAUGACUCUGGACCAAGCUCUCAGGGUGUUUCUGAAGGAGCUGGCUUUAAUGGGUGAGACCCAGGAACGGGAGCGUGUGCUGGCCCACUUCUCCCAGAGAUACUUCCAGUGCAAUCCUGGAGCCCUGUCCUCAGAGGACGGUGCGCACACGCUGACCUGUGCCCUCAUGCUACUCAACACGGAUCUCCACGGCCAUAACAUUGGGAAGCGCAUGACCUGCGGAGACUUCAUUGGGAACCUGGAGGGCCUCAACGAAGGCGGCGACUUCCCCAGAGAGCUGCUCAAGGCCUUGUACAGCUCCAUCAAGAAUGAAAAGUUGCAGUGGGCCAUAGACGAGGAGGAGCUGAGGCGCUCUCUGUCUGAGUUGGCCGACCCCAACCCCAAGGUCAUCAAGAGAGUCAGCGGGGGCAGCGGCAGCGGCUCCAGCCCCUUCCUGGACCUGACUCCCGAGCCCGGGGCUGCAGUCUACAAGCACGGGGCCCUGGUGCGAAAGGUGCACGCAGAUCCCGACUGCAGGAAGACACCUCGGGGCAAGCGGGGCUGGAAGAGCUUCCACGGGAUCCUCAAGGGCAUGAUCCUCUACCUGCAGAAGGAGGAGUACCAGCCUGGGAAAGCCCUGUCGGAGGCAGAGCUUAAGAAUGCCAUCAGCAUCCACCACGCACUGGCCACUCGUGCCAGCGACUACAGCAAGCGGCCCCACGUCUUCUACCUGCGCACAGCCGACUGGCGGGUCUUCCUCUUCCAGGCCCCGAGCCUGGAGCAGAUGCAGUCCUGGAUCACACGCAUCAAUGUGGUGGCCGCCAUGUUCUCCGCACCCCCAUUCCCAGCUGCCGUCAGUUCCCAGAAGAAAUUCAGCCGCCCUCUGCUGCCCAGCGCGGCCACCCGCCUCUCCCAGGAGGAGCAGGUGCGGACCCACGAGGCCAAGCUAAAGGCCAUGGCAAGUGAGUUGCGGGAGCACCGGGCUGCUCAGCUGGGCAAGAAGGCCCGUGGCAAGGAGGCCGAGGAGCAGCGGCAGAAGGAGGCCUAUCUGGAGUUUGAGAAAUCCCGCUACGGCACAUACGCGGCGCUGCUUCGGGUCAAGCUGAAGGCGGGCAGCGAAGAGCUGGAUGCGGUAGAGGCAGCCCUGGCCCAGGCCGGGAGCACAGAGGACGCUCCCCCUCCUCAUUCCAGUCCCUCCCUGCAGCCCAACACCUCCAGCCAGCCCCGGGCUCAGUGUCCUGGCUCAGAGCCUCGGGCAGGGGCCGGCAGUGGGCGGUGGAAGCCCUGAGUUGGGGGUGGGAGUGCGUGUGGGGGGGGCAGUGUCCACCUGGCACCUGCAUGACAUGGCCCUGCUUGAGCCCGGGCCGGCCUCGGGCCACCUGUGAAGGCCCCUUGGCCCAGGGCCUGACCGCGCCGGACGCGGUGUCCGGGGCAGGG